AACAAAUGACAUAUCUGAGUCUGACUGAUAGUCAAAAGCAAAAUCUUUUAUAAAUAAAUACGAUAACCUCUAAGGAAUAUUCCGUGCCAAAUAGUGUAGAAUUUAUAAACUAUGACUAUAAUAUCUAAAUUGUUUACAGUUUUACGCACUACUAAUACAGCCGAAUGUGUACCGGCGAUUUUACAAUCAUCGAAGAUUAGAUAUGUUCGGUGUUAUUCAACUCGAAAGGAAAGCGGUUUGGCUAAGAGUCAAGAGAGACAUGAAGUGACUACAGACGUCCGACCUCUAGGGGAGAAGAUAAAGGAGACUACUAAGACUGCGACAUACACCGGGAUAAUUUUGAUGGGAGUUGGUGUCACUGGAGUCAUCUUUUACUAUGUGUUCCGUGAAUUGUUUUCAAGCAACAGCCCAAACAGCAUUUACUCAGAGGCACUAGAAAAGUGUAAAAAUGACCCUCGAGUGGAAGAUGCCUUAGGCCCCCCAAUCAAAGGUUAUGGUGAAGAAACCACCAGAAGGAGGCGCACUCAUGUCAGCCACGCAGUCUAUGAGAAGGAAGGGGUAAAACAUAUGAGAAUGAGGUUUUACAUCAAAGGAAUAAGGAACAAAGGCAUUGUUGAACUUGACAUGAAACAGAAUGAAUAUGGGAAUUAUUUGUGCCGUUACUUGUUGGUGCAGCUAGAUGACUACACAGGCAAGACCUUUAUUAUUGAAGAUAAUAGAGCAGACCUAGACAAGAAAACAGAUAUUGCUUCCAGCACCUUUUCAACACUAACUAUAAACCAGUGAAAACUAUGAACAAAAUUGUAAAUUGUAUAAAAAUGUAGGUAUUUAAGUAGUAAUUAAUUGUUAAAUGUUGAAUUUUAAUAAAAAAAAGCAUAAAUAUA